AUGGUUGGAAUUGCGUUUCUCGGGGCCGGAAUAUUCGCCAAAGAGGCUCAUCUUCCCGCGAUAGCUGAGCACAAGGCCAACCUCCUCGCGGUGUAUUCGCGCUCGACUCGUUCAGCCGAAUCCUUAAAAUCUGCGGCCGACGAUCUCAGCAUUCCAACCUCCCAGGUCGACGUUUAUUCCGAUGAGCAAGAACCUCUUGGCCGAGGCUUAUCGCAGCUGCUCGAUCGUAGCGAUAUCGCUGCUGUUAUCGUCGUACUGCCCAUUUUAGUCCAGCCUGACGUCGUACGACGCUGUCUAGCCGCAGGGAAACAUGUCCUUUGCGAGAAGCCGAUCGCGAAAGACGUCGCAGCCGCUUCGCAACUGAUUGUUGAAUAUGAGAAGGAAUUUCUGCCCAAGAGUUUAGUGUUCUCCAUUGCGGAGCAGUUCCGUUAUGACCGUGCCUUCACCCAUGUCCGAGAUCUUAUUGCGGACGGAAAGAUUGGAAGCCUGAACCAUGUCCACGCGCGGGUGUGGGGGAAUAUUGAGCCCGGCAGCAACAAAUGGUACGAGACCGAGUGGCGCAAGAACCCCGAGUAUCAAGGAGGAUUUGUUCUCGACGGCGGAGUGCAUUUUGUCGCUCUAAUCCGGUACAUCUCGGGUCAAGAAGUCGUCAAUACGACAAGUCUUGUCUCACAAACAUAUAAGCAUCUCCCACCUCUGGAUACGGUAAAUGCGGCCUUGCGGUUUGAGAAUGGGACUUUAGGUUCUCUGAGCAUCUCCUUCGCUUCUGCGAAAAAGAUCUUCGAGUUUAUCUUUGUUGGCGACGAUAAAGUCGUCACGGUUUCUGGAGCGGAUGGCGGCUCGCGAAUCAAACUCGAGGAUGGAGAUGGCAAGGUUUUGAGUGCCGAGGUAAUUGACGGACAAGGUGUCUCGGAAGAGAUCAAGGCGUUUCUUCAAGCUGCGGCCAUUGGAAAAGCGGAUUCCAGGGCCGGACCGAGGGAAGCUCUGGCUGAUCUUGCGGUGAUUGAAAGCAUUUGUUCUGGUGGAGGAGACGUCGCUGUUUCGUUAUGA